GACGUUGGUGCAGGUAGGGAGGGUAUUACCCAGGGUGUGGAUUUUCACUUCAUCGUGCCCCUUUGUACUAAUACUGCCCUGGAGUUGUGACUGACAUUGUUGGCUGCAGAAGACAGACUCUGCCCCUUAUUCUGCUGGAACCAAUAGUUCAGGCCAUAGCAAUGACACAACCUAGUUUUUCUUGAAUCAUCCACUCAUAUAAAAUGAAAGAACAGAACGGGGACAUUUACUUUAGAGACAGAAAUAGCAAACACUGUAUAAACAAGAUAAAUUCAGCCUUCAAAAGGAAGUAUAUUCAUAUAUAUAACCUUGCUUAAUAUGAGCAAAAUAAAUGUGUGCUGGGAAUGUCUUCUGCCUUUUCUUUAACUUUUAACAGAUUGUUAUUUUCCUAUGUUUUUACUUUUAUAAAGCUUUAAUGGAAAAUUGAACACCCCCCUCUGUCCCCUAUAAAAGGGUUAUUUAUUCAAAUGUAGAAAAUGAGUACUCUAUUAGCAAACCUGUCUAUUCCCCAGCUGGGACCUUUAUUAGGCUAUGAGGAGCAGUUCAUUAUACAGAGGGCUUAUCUAUGGACUGUUUAUUUAUUAAUUUAUUUUACUAUUCAACUGUGACACCGCAGAACAGGAACAUUUUAUUGUUUAAUGCAAGAAAUGACAAAAACAAUACACAUCACUUUAUUAAAACAAUAGGCAACAUGUAUGUUCAGCACAAUCCCUAGUCAUUGAACUGAUGGUGAAAAGAUUUCCUCUACAGUUAACAUUAUUAUAACAUGCGCUGUUGGCUGCCGGGCUGACUUGCAAUAAUGGGUUUAGCUUUUCCCAUGUUGCAGUGCUGCUGUAAUGUCUGUGGGUGCCAGCGCAGUCAAUGUGAUGCAUUUGCCUAUUCAAAGAUUAGUAACUCCUCAUACCAUCCACAAGUGAGACCUAGGGAAACAUGAGCUCAUAUAAAGAGCCAGGAAGCAUUCUCUAAUAUCAAAAAAAAUCAAUAAGAAUGUAACUGGUGAAAUUAUUAAAAGGAGUUCCAGAUGAACAAAAAAACAACACAUACUUUUUAGCUGUGUUGAAAAUCAACCGAGUAGCUUAUCAGUAUGACUAAAAAAGUUAUUAACAACAGUUGUCCUACAAAAGAUGGAGGGAAACAAGUUGGACAACUCCCUGCACUAACCUUAAUGCCAAAUGAGAGAGGUUUAAUUGGACAGGGAAUUAAGGCAGGACCAUUCAAUUAGAAGAUCGCAUGGAUGUAGCAUGUAGGGUGCUCAGCCAUGUUGCACAGGUGUAUUCUGUGCAACGAUAACCCGUGUGUCAUUUCUGGAAGUGAUGCUUUGCUCUAAAUCAUCUUUUAUUAUUCUGCAAAUAGAGUAACUUUGAUGAACCCAUUGCCUUGCAAGAAAUGGACACAAGUAAUGGAGUGUUGCUUCCUUUCUAUGACUCUGACUCCAACGUUGUCUACCUCUGUGGAAAGGGUGACAGCAGUAUACGUUACUUUGAGAUAACAGCCGAGGCCCCGUUUGUUCACUACCUAAGCACUUACAGCAGUAAGGAGCCUCAAAGAGGAAUGGGAUUCAUGCCAAAGAGGGGUUUGGAUGUCAGUAAAUGUGAAAUAGCCAGGUUUUUCAAGCUACAUGAAAGGAAAUGUGAGCCGAUUGUCAUGACCGUGCCACGAAAGUCAGACCUCUUCCAGGAUGAUUUGUAUCCAGACACACCCGGACCUGAACCGGCACUUGAGGCUGAGGAAUGGUUUUCAGGACAAGACGCAGAUCCUAUUCUUGUAUCUCUUAGGGACGGUUAUACCCCCUUAAAGAACAGGGAGUUGAAAGUCAACAAGAAAAACAUUCUAGAUAACAAGCCUCCAACUGGACCACGAAGAAGUUACUCAUCUUGCGAUGCUGGCUUUUCUCGUGUUUCCCUUGAGGAUCUAGUAGAAGAAAUCAAGAGCUUGAGAGCCACAGUUGAGUCCCAGGAGAAACGUAUCUCCGACCUAGAAAACCUGCUGCUUGAACUUUCCAAUGGCACAGCUUGAGGCAAAAAAGCCUAAGGUCAGCCCAGCUGGUUCAGAAUGCACUAGAAGAAACCUCUUGUCCUCCCCUCCUAAGAAGUACACCCUGAUCAUGCUCUCCAGGGGGGUAGGAGCCAUUACAGGGACUCCAAAAGGACAUCCCCAACUAAUACUCUUGCUCCAAAGCAGCUUCAUUGUAGAUGUGCCUCCAGGGGCCUUUGCUUGGGGCUACCUUUUAUCCAAAGGGACAAAAUGACAGAAGAAAAGUUUAAAAGCACUAAAGCAUUUAUCUGCAGCAUCCACACGACGAGAGGCCAGUGCUUUGCAUGAUGGAGGGGAGACUGAGCAGUCUGGACUGAGCAAAACUAAAACCACAUUUGUAUGCAAGCCCCCACCACCAAGCCAUGUUUCUUGGACCUAGUAGUGACACUGUAUUAGAAGCACAUACAGUUCUAUUUUUUUUCCUUGCUGGUCUUAUUCCGUUUUUCUUAUUUAAGUUAGCGCUGCUGUAUAAUCACACGUAUGAACAAUGAAAGGGCACAGGAGAUUGACUGAGGGGGUUACAGUUUUAUUGUUAGCCAAUACCCAAAGGUUUGUAGGUUUUUAUGGCUGUAUGGUGUCUUUAUACAGCAGUAUAAUGUAUCCAGAUGUUUGUGCAUUGGAAUUAUAAAGCUGCCUAUCUAUGCAGGCUGCCAGUUAGCAAUUUCUUUUUGCAUUGCUGCACAGAUUAAUGCGGGUCCGGCUGCAGAGUGUCUAAACUGAUUUGCUGUGCAUUAUUUAUGGAGGUUGUGGAACGUGGAGCCAAAUCCUUACUACUCACUUCAUCCUUAGAAUAAUAACAGUUAAAAAAAUUGCUGAAGUUUGUGCCUAUUCUAGUAACCCAUAGCAACCACUCAGCAGGCCAGUAUAUGGUGACUGGUUGCUAUGGGACACUAGAAUAAGAGCAAACCUGGCACAGCUGUUGUAUUAACCUUCAAAUAUUAAUUGCAGUAGUGCUUCAGAAAUUGUUGUUCCGUUGCUUUGCACAAUUACAGAUGUCUAGGUACAGGGACAGGCUACUGUAUGAAGAGCUACAGCUUAAAGGGAUACUUUCAUCAGAAUAAACCAUCUUUAUAUAAUAUUA